UAAUAAUUGCAGUGCACACAGCACAUAAAAAGAGUUGUUAGCAUAAAUACGAUGAAUAAGUUUUCGUUUGAAUAUACAAAUUAAUCAAUUAGCACCCAAAUAGCUAAAUGGUAUAGUUGGACUGAAUGAAUAGUAUAAAAACCGAUAAUUUGCUAUGGCUGCAAUCAGUUAAAGUCAAAUUUUUGGUUGAGAUCGUUGAACAAGUUUUUGGCUUGAAUAAAAAUCGUAAAAAUGUUGAAAUUUGUUAUUAUUGUUGGUCUCGUUUUUGUAACUGUGUCAUCAGCUCCACUGGACUCGGAACCUUUAGAAAAACCUGCCGAUUCACACACAUUUGAGUUCAUUCGACCGUCACCCAUCAAUCCGGACAUACCUAUGGACCCGAAACCGCCAGAGCGCAUAGUCUUAGAUGACAGUACUGAUCGCGAUAGCAAAUCAUUGAGUGAGAAAACACCUGCCGUUGAAAAUGAGCCCCAAGAAAAUUUAAAAGUUGAAGCAAGAGACAAUGAACCCAGUGGCGAAAAUGAAAAGAAAAAAUUAAACGACGAAAAGGAGUUGGAAAAAUCCGAAAACAAUCAAAGUGAUGAGAAACCCGUUAGAAUCGAAUACAAUCAUGACGAUGUGAGUGAUAGCGGUGCUCUUAAGACUAGCAUUAAGGCUAAAGAAUCAUCGAAUCAAUCGACUAAAUCAGAUGAACCGAUAAUUGUGUAUGCUGUGAAAGGAGAUGAAAAACAACGUUCGGAGAGUUUUCAAACCAGUCAUCGAAUUCCUAAUGUUGGUGACACCGAACGUCAGUUUGAAACAAGCCAUCAUAUUCCAGGGCACAUUGAUAGUGAACGACAGAAAUUGAUUGAAACUUCAAAAGUAGGUGAGAAACUGUAGUAUUAAUAUGGCUAAUGUAGCUGACAAGAGUUCUUGAAUAAAAAAGCUAAGGCCA